AAGUAGACUCUCUCUCCCUCACACACUCUCUCUCUCUCUGUAAAACCUAUUUCAUCUUGGAGUAAGACAGAGACAAAGAGAGAGAGCAAGCAAUGACGACAGGCAAAAGCAAGAAGAAGAAGAUGGUCCUUAAGGCAGUCUCUGUCGUAGACAUCGGCUGUGGCAACUGUAAGUUCCCAAGCUUGUCUUCUUUUUUCAACCCUACCCCAAAAAAGCCCCGCCUCUACUCCUCUAAUUACGGUCACUGCCACUCCUCUACCCCCACCACGGCCUCCUCCUCCUCCGCCGUUCCAUCCACCUCCCACUGGUUCUCCGACACCUCUUCCUCUUCCGCAACACCCUCCACCGCCGCUGUCGCCGUCGAGAAAGACUCCGACGACCCUUACCUCGAUUUCCGACAGUCCAUGCUUCAGAUGAUUCUCGAGAACGAGAUUUACUCCAAAAACGAUCUUAGAGAGCUACUCCACUGUUUCCUCUCUCUCAACGAGCCAUACCACCACGGAAUCAUCAUCCGCGCUUUCUCCGAAAUCUGGGACGGAGUUUUCUCCGCUGCCAAACGCCGUGGCGACGUCCAAGAGUCUCCACUCGUCCACCGUCAUGGCUCACGUGCCUCGCACCGUAACCACUACCACCGAUCGAAGUAACCUUUUUUAACUACGAAUUAUGCCACGUCACCAAUAAUGUAUUGACACGUUAACUAUCCAUUUACCUACUACCGACGUGUCAAUAUAUUAUUGGGUUUGUGCUGUUUAACUUCUUAUCUUAGCUUUGGGAUUUUCUUCUUUGUCUUUUUAACCAAGUGUAACGACAAUGGUAGAAUAUUUAUAAUAUUGCUACAUGUUUCUAUGUUGAUUUUUGUAGUCGUAUUCGGCCAAAAUCGAAAAGAAUAGAACUUUUAAAGAUCU